GCCAGUGGGGUGGAACGAGUGUGCCCCCUAUCGGCUUAUCUUCUUCGCCCAUCUCGGGUGAGUUACAGCUUCUUUUCAAACCCAAUCGAUUGUGUUGCGUAUCUAUAGAUGUGUUUCCCAAGCUCAGACUGUGUCCGAUUUCAAAUUAUUUGCACAAUUUCACCCUCUCAUUCAAUAAAUGCCACCGAUAAUUGCUUUGAGACAUCGACAGAUCUUUGGAAUAUGCUCUUACUAUAUAUUGUCUUGAGUUAAUUAUAGUAUGAUUUGGUUGUUUGGUUCAGUUCUUUUGUGUCUGCUUCAUAAUUUUAGUCAACUUCGCCAAUUUUAGGGUUAUGUCUUGGCUGGCUUUAAUCCCUUUGUUGUUGUUUUUUUGCACAUGAUUUAGAGCCAUCUGAAUUGUUAUGGCGGGAGAGAGAUAGAAUCAGCCAACUCCCCAUAGAGAUACUCGACCAUAUUAUGGGACUCUUGCCUAUUCAACAAGCUGCUAAAAUUGCAGUUUUGUCUAAGGUUUGGAGGGAUGCGUGGUCCGGGCUCACGCGGUGUUGCUUCGACCAUCACUUCUUUCUCUAUUUUGAAAACAGACCUCGGGAAGAGGCUAACGAAUGUAUCGAGAAACCCUUGUGUUGGAAUGUAAUAAAAAAAGUUAUCUUGGAGCACAAGGGGUCUAUCCGGAAAUUUGUCUUUCUUUUUUCAUCUUUUAGGAAGGUAAAUGUUAGGUUGCAGCCAUGUGACCUAGACGAGUCGUUACUUUUAGUCACACAACGAGGCGUUGAAGAAAUCCACCUCUCUUUUGGGUUUAACGAAUACAAGUUGCCGGAGUGUGUAACUUCAUGCUCAACACUCGUGAGACUGUAUCUGCAAGGGUUCUCUAUUGACCCACAAAAUGCCACAUGGACUUUACCCAGUGCUACAUCACUUUCUUUUGAUUUUGUCUACUUCGGUACUAGAAAUCUUUCGAACUAUGUUUUUGAUGUUCCUAAGCUGGAGAAUUUGUCAUUUAUCAAUUGCAAGGAUGUCUUUCUCUUUGACAUUACUACUAGAAAUCUUCAUAAUUUGACGAUCAAUAGUUGUUAUAGUAGCAAAAUAGGCAGUUUUCUCCCGGUCAACAUGGACUUGAAAUCUAUUUGCACUCUUGCUUUUGACAUUGACAGUCUUCAGGAUUUUUUUUGCAAAACUACUACAAAGGGACUCUCAAUACAACUGCCCACACUAAAUGUGGAACUACUCAAGCUAUCAGGUUUUUGUUUUCAAGAUAAAGCUGGGGUCUCUGCAUUUGUUCGCUUGUUGUGCAAAUGCCCAAAGUUACGCAGUCUUGAAAUCAAAUUCCAAACUGUGUGUGAUAAGUGGACAAAUAUUAACAAGUGUAUGGAUGAGGCGCGGGCAGUUGAUAAAACUCAGUAGUGUUUUACGAAAACACAAAGUGCUUCUUUUUUUGAAGCUUCGCUCGUUCAAAGGAUUGAGGCCCCAAAUGCAUUUGAUCCAGGAGAUGCUUGGAUGGCUGCCCGCACUUGAAAAGGUUGUCAUUAUUGGUUGUCCCUAUGUGUUUGAUUGGAACAAGGAGCAUGAAACUAUGGAAGAAAUUUUGCAAUUCCCGCGUGCAUCUCCGAAAGCUAAAAUUGUUUGUAAAUGAAAGGUUUAUCUUUCCAAGUUGUCGUGAUGGUAGAUUUUAGUGGUAACUGAUAUGCGAAAUGGUUGGAAGGUAACAUUUUCCAGGUAUGUGAGUUUUGUAGUAAUGGCUUUUACAUGCCAAAUGGAUGAGUUUUGAAAUUUGAAUCAAAUGCAACAUAAACC